AAUGUUUUGUUGUGUUAUGAUGUUGUGAAUGGCUGAAGCCGAUCAAUGUCUAUGGAUUCUUCUGAUAAAGUUUCUACAAAUGGUGCGCUAGCACCACCGUUGCUGUGUUCAUACUGCAUCAGUAGACGAUUCAAUUUCUCAGGUUGUUAAACUUCCAUAAAUGGACCCAUGGCGCUCUGUAACCGCACGCUUCUUAUCAAGGCGGUGUUGGUAGCUGGUUUCCUACUCAUUCUUUUGAAUCUGUUAAAUUCGAAAUUGGACUCAUCAACGGCUCCAAGCAGCGUGACGCGAUUCGGUUCAACGCACUGGCCAAAGAGAACACACGGUAGUGGUGAGAAGCACUCCGCAGACAGACAGGAUAAGGUGGCCGAAAAUGGAAACUUAACAUCACAACAUAAUAACCAUUCCAAUCAGAAUCGGUCGUUAGGAGCUGAUGAGACAGUGUUACAAACGCACAAUAAUACGUUUGGUGUUACGAAUAGCACACCGGUAUCCCUCGAGUCACAGGCAAACCUCACACGAAAAAUUGCGAUGAGCUCUGUCAAUGGCCCGGUUUUGGCUGCCCUAAACUCGUCUUCAAAUAAGAUACACAAUAAUUCCGCAUAUGUUAUCUCCUCUGGCAGUAGAAUAGCUAAUUAUAGCAACAACAGUAGUAUUAAUAGUAACAAAUUAUUGAAACUCAAAUUCCAACAUUUUAUGGUGGAGAAAAGCAAUGUAACUAUAGAAAGUGCGGCCGCGUCAUCUACAGUUCUUCCCAUUCGGGAGGAUACUUUGCACUCCGAUGCACAAACUGAUGACGGGAUGCUGAACUCGUUGGUAGAUAAGUUUACCAUUAACAGUUGUCCACCUAUUCCACCAAAUCUCGAUGGCCCCAUCGAAGUGGACGUAACAUAUGAACCACUUAAUAUGGUAGAAAGCCGAUAUAGUGGAAAGUUGCAACCGGGUGGGCAGUAUGCACCAACGGACUGUACAGCGAGAAAUCGUGUUGCGAUCAUUGUACCGUACCGUGAUCGUGAGCAACACCUUCCGAUCUUCCUUAAAAAUAUACAUCCGUUCCUGAUGAAGCAGCAGCUCGAAUAUGGUAUUUACAUCGUGGAGCAAACAACCGGCUCCUCUUUUAACAGGGCUGCACUCAUGAACAUUGGUUUCGUUGAGUCAAUGAAGCAGAAGAACUGGGAGUGCAUGGUGUUCCAUGAUAUCGAUCUAUUGCCGAUGGAUGACAGGAAUCUCUACACAUGUCCUGAUCAACCACGCCACAUGUCCGUGGCGGUGGAUACGUUUGGUUUUAAGCUGCCCUAUAGUACUAUCUUUGGCGGAGUGUCCGCAAUGACAGAGAAACAGUUCCGCAUGGUGAAUGGUUUUUCCAACUCGUUUUGGGGCUGGGGCGGUGAAGAUGACGACAUGUCGAACAGGUUGAAACACGUUGGCUUCCACAUUGCACGGUAUCCUGUAAACAUAGCUCGCUACACGAUGCUCAGUCAUAAGAAGGAAAAAGCGAAUCCAAAACGGUAUGAGAAAUUAGUAAACGGUGCGAAGCGUUUCGACAGCGAUGGGCUGAACUCGAUGCACUACCAAGUGGUGAAUCUAAUCAAGAAACCUCUUUACACGUGGGUUCACGUGGAAAUUUCACCCGAUGGCAGCUGAUGAUUGUCGUUUCUAGCAGAUUGGCUAGGAUAAAUUGAAACUAAAUGAAAAUCAAUUUAAAACUCCACUCAUACUUUGUUCGAUCAUCAUGUGAUAGUGUUCUUUUCACAUUACACCAGAAAAGGGAACUGCUGCACGCUACAAAGCGUGAACAAUAUGAGUUGUCUGGAUUCGCAUUCGGGUCUUCCACAGAUGAAAUGGACGGAGAUCAACAAUUUAUUCGAAUAGCUAACUAAUGUCAUUUAAACCACCAGUUUAAAUGUUUCAUCAAAUUUUUAGUCAUUUUCAAUUGCACGUGGAUAUUUUCGUAUUAUUGACUGUUGGUAGUUGCUGUGUUCAUGAAAAAUGUCAGGUUUACUUAUAAGAUAGUCUGCAUACAUUUACACGGACUCAUGGUAAUAUUAUCUGCAGCUAUUUGAUCUAGACGAAAAUCUCUCACAAAAUUAAGGACCGAAAUUUAAGUAAUGUUCAAGUUACAUAAGAAUCUUUUCGCCACAUUUUUAUUUAUCCUCAAUCAGAAAUGUGAUAAACCACCAUCAAAGUGAGAGUGUACGAGAAAAAGUUAUUAUUGAACAAUGACCAAUUGGGCGCCGUUAGUAAAACGGGAUUUGUGUAGAGUUAA